AUGGCGUCCUCAGUCACAAUCUACAAAGCAAAUAAAGUAACGAGUUCAGAGAUGCUGAAGAUGCUUCAUCAAUACGCCGCCUGUUUCCAAAGCCACGGCGUAAAGCCAGGCGACAAAGUGCUCGUACAUGUGGACGAUUCGCUGGAAAGUUUCAUUGCCAUGUACGGAGUCGUGUUUGCUGGAGGAGUCGUCAUACCAUCUGAGCUGGCAUCAGAACAAGGCGAACUGCUGAUGAAAAUAAAGGACGGAAAGGCCAGUCACGUGCUCACCACACCAAACGAAGCCGACCUUCUGAAAGAGUUAACUCAAGACACGCAUAUUCGGAUCACAACGCUUUUUGCUAGCACCACAUUCAUACACCGGCUUGCCGCGCACAGUAUUGAGAGUGGAAUACGCCUUCCCAACGUAAGGAACGUAGUAGUCAUUGCCCUUUGCGUAACAGAAAAGGCCGCAGAAACGAUAUUUUCAGCGUUCUGCCUAAAAAGCUUCAGGAGCAUGUACGGGACAACGGAACUCUCGAAUGUGAUCUCCUGGAUGCCACGCGACACAAUGGAAUACAAAACAAUCGGUUUCCCGGCUCCAGAUGUGCAAAUGAUGGUUGUUGACAUAGACACUGGAAAAGUUCUCGGACCCAAGGAACACGGCGAGCUCUGGGUUAAGUCACCCACAAAUAUGAGAGCCUACUACAACAACCCAGACGCGACUGCUGAAGUGAUCACUCCGGAGGGAUGGCUGCGAACAGGGGACAUCGUCUAUUACGACGAAACUGGAAGGUUCUACGUCGUAGAACGUAUUAAGCAAUUCUUUCACUGCAUGGAACGGCAAGUUGCCCAGUCGGAAAUCGAAGCCGUUCUGUUGUCUCACGAGGGUGUCGAAGAAGCAGCCGUGAUCGAUGUUCCACACCCGGAAUACAGCGAUGUGGCAAAAGCUUUCGUCAUCCUGAAGCAGUCUUACAGAGGACCCGGGAGAACCAGUACCCAGGAGCUGCAACAGUUCGUCGCAGGUAACGGAAUUUCGUGA